AUGAGACUUAUCUCUGCCAUUCUAUCCUUGUACCUUUUCAGGCCAAGCACAUGCUUAUACGCAGAUGAGGAAUCAUUGGAUCUACACACCCUUGAUAUCUCUCAGAGGUGCAAUACUGAAUUAGCAUCCUUUUCCGAGAAAACCACCGAAAAUUCCAACACUUUUAUCUACACUGCAAAGGGUGAGGACAUAACGUCUAUUGUUGAAGGCAGUUCCAAGAUAUGGAAGGCCGGAACCAGAGAAUGUCUUGUGAACUGCAAAUUGAAUAUUCGACAAGAUCACAAUCCAGUUAUACUCUUGACCUUUAUAAGGGAAGGAGGACGGGAGUGGACUGAAACCGAUGGUGAAGAGUUUGAAUACCACCUGAACAAGAUGAAGGGAAUCUCUGGGGACGCUCAAGAAUCCUCACGUUCUUGUGAAAACGUGGAAGAAGAUGUAGAACCACUGGAUAAGUCAGAAGUAAAAGUGGUUGUAGACCCAGAGUAUCAUGAAUCUCCAGAACAAGUUGAGCCUUUCUCGCAGGAAGUCCAGAAAGAGCAUGUAGAUAGAUCCAGAGGGACCCCUGACAUCUCUGACCCGGACAGAGCUAUGGUUAAUUUGAGAAAACAAACAAAGAUGUCAGGUACCAGCUCCACAUAUGGUAAGGGCAGAGGUGAUAUUCUCUACGUCGUUGACGGUGAUAUCUCCAUAUUGACCGCCAAACCAGAUGAUAACUUCCAAUCUUGCUUUACUUAUGAAAUGGACGGGUGCUCUUCAAUUCUCUCCCUAACUCUUGGAAACGGAAAGACCCUCUGCUAUCUCAAAGAUGAAGAUAGAUGGAAAUAA